UUGGAUAAUUGGGGAAAAUCAUGUGGUUGGAAUGAAAGUGAUAUGGAUAAGGCACUUAAUAUGAAAUGGAAAUUCAUGGAAUGUUGGGGAGAUGUUGAAAAAUCAAACAUGUUAAUAUAUGUUGCUAACAUACUUGAUCCACGUAGUAGAACAGACUUAAUGGAGAAUUAUUUUAUGAACAUGUACAAACAUGAAUACACUGAUGAUGGGGAAAAGUUGUGGAAAAAGAAAGCGGAAUUUGUAAUUGCUGCCAUUUAUGAGUUGUUCAAUGAGUAUGUAGGUAUGGCUGGAGGCUCGCAACAAAAGGCAAACUUUCAAAGCAGUGGUUACAAGCAAUACCUGUAUGAAGACACAAGUCAUUUAGGACUUUUCAUGAAGCACGAGGUUGGUUUUGGAGGUAAUGUAGAUUGCAAGACAGAAAUUGAUAUUUACCUUAAUGAGGACUCCAUUGAAGAUUUUGCUGGCUUUGACAUACUACUUUGGUGGAAGUAUAACAGUGCAAGAUAUCCGAUUCUCUCUAAAAUGGCCAAGGAUGUUUUGGCCAUUCCAGUUUUGGUGACUCCACCCGAGUCAGCUUAUAGCACUAGUGGUGGUAACCUGUUAGAUGAUUUUCGAAGUUCUUCGUCUCCUUCAAAAGUUGAAGCUUUAGUUUGCACUCAAGAUUGGAUAAGCAAGUCAAGCAAGAAAACCAAUGUGGUAAAAGGUUCAAUUGAUCUUGACAAGUUCGUGAAAGGUAUGUGUAAACAUAUGAAGGGCACCACAGUUUGAUGCAGGUACUCGGGUAAUUUUUGUUGCUUGAAAUGGCGUGAUGCUUAGAUGCCGUUUAGUUUCGUACUUGGGGCGUUUUAUCACUUGGUUCGAAUCUGAGCAGUUUAUGCAUUACUUUGGAUAUCAGUUUCAUUGUUUUUCUUUUUAUGUCCAUGUUGGUUUGGUUCAGUACCAGUAACCUUUUGACUUUUCUUAGCUUUCACAAUAUAUAUAAUG